CUUCCUGUUUGGUCUCCAAUGGUGACAAGGAGAAAGGAAAACUCACCAGAUCGAAAGCUACAACUGAACAUGCGCAACCAAGGUGGGCUGACUAACGACAGAUGGUCUGCAUCCUGAUGUUGCCUGGAGGAGAAUGUUUCCGCGAUUCUCCACUGUCUACAGAUACACCACAGUGAUUGUGUUACUUCUCGUGUCGGCUUUCAUGAUCAUGCAGUUUAGCGGGAACAGAACAGAUUCCGGAGAUGACAUCAUGAGAUCGGUGGUGGGGAGCGAAAGGUCCGUUUUGUCCACAAAGUCACUCAGGACGGCAACCAGUAUUCACAAACAUACAACAGAGAUAAAUCGAUAUGGGAAAGGGAAUGUUGCGAAUCCUCAUUCGUUUCGCUAUGUGUUGAAUCCCGUGAAAUUAUGUACUGGGAAUGAUAUUUUUAUUAUAACGUAUGUUCAUAGUGCACCGAAAAAUCUCAAGAAGCGACAAACGAUUAGACAGACUUGGGGAAGUGGGACGUAUUUUCUGACUCAGAAGGUCCGGGUUGUUUUCAUCAUGGGACAAGUCGCAGACAAACACGUGAUGGAAUCGGUAAGAAUGGAGUCGGAUCUAUACGGCGAUAUUGUCCAGGAGGAUUUUCUUGACAGUUACCAUAACUUGACCUACAAAGCACUCGCUGGAUUAAAGUGGGUGUCCACGUUUUGCAGACACACUGCGUAUGUCCUAAAAACAGAUGAUGAUAUAUUCGUGAAUGUUUUCGUGCUCAUGAAGUAUAUACAAUCAACUGUUGAAUUAUCAUACGGGAGAACCAAUUUAAUUCUAUGCAAUCAGUGGAUUCACAUGAAGGUGAUGCGUGACAAACGAUCUAAAUGGUAUAUUCCUAAAGAGGAUUUCUCACCGGACUACUUCCCGCCAUAUUGUUCCGGUUCUGCGUAUUUGAUGAGUUCUGACGUCACUGAGGGAAUGUACAGGUUAUCUCUGACCACUCCGUUCUUCUGGGUGGAUGAUUAUUACAUCACUGGUUUGCUUGUACACAAACUAAACCUCACGCACAGACGAUACAACAGUGCUUACGUUCUUAACCCUUCCGUUGUUUUGGAAAAAUUCAAGAACGACGAAGACCACAAAUAUGCUUUCUUCCAUACACAUAAACUUAAGACAAUGUUCUAUUUAUGGACUACUGUGAUCUCAAACGAAAGCAAAGCAGUACAUACCAAAAAUAGUACAACUGUUAGUACUGAAGUUAAUCAGAACAUGUCUAGACAUGUCUAGCAAAACCAUCCUGAAUAUCUGCUCAAAACAACACUAAGAAGCACAAUGUGAUCAGUGUCGAGUUCAGAAGGACGCAAUGGGUCAAAUGACAACGAGCGCUUUCAAGUGCUUAUCUUUCUGAACACAUAUGGUACUUUUCGGUGCAUUUUGGAGUUUUUGGUACGUCAUCAAUGAAAAUAUUACUGUUUAAAAUACGUGUUUACCUCUGGCACUCUAUCUAACACAAUUAUGGCUAACAUUACAGUGGUAUAUCGUUUAGGCGUGCAUAGAUUAUACGUUUCUAUUCCAUGUCUAACAACAUUCCUAUUGCUCCUGUAUUCAUAUAACACGCGUAUUCUAAACUUGACAGCACCUGGACUGUAGACUGGUAGACACAUGAUCCCACGAACUACACAACUCAACCGAUCAAACGUUUAGUCCAUCUGCAUUAAAGCUGGUAGUGACUGAGAUCGUAUCUCGGUACCGGCUCACGUUGCUACUUUUGCUGUAAGAGAAGCGGCAGUGACGUUUCGUUCUCCUUCUCUCCAUCCAUAAUCUCUCUCUCUCUCUCUCUCUCUCUCUCUCUCUCUCUCUCUCUCUCUCUCUCUCACAUGUAUCGAAAUAUUCCUAUGCUAGACAUAAAAAAGCUGUUAUUUUGUAAUGUGCCAAGUCUCGUUAAACAUAUACAUUCCUUUCCUGUUCCGGUACUGGCUCCCACCCCGAGUAAGGUUUCUGUGUGUUCCUCUACUAUACUAGCUCCUCUAGACUUCUGUCACCUCUAGCCAGAACAGGCGUCCCAGAAAGCUAAGAUGUUUCCUCGGCGACUCACUUGGAUAUUAGCAAAACAAUUAAACUGAACAACUGAAAUCGUUUCAAACGUUGCAUUUUUACACAACACAUUGUCCAUAUUUCGUUUUGAGUAGUUAGUAUUCUUUUAUUCGUGAAUCACUGUUUUAAGUGAUGGUAUCAGAAGUCUCAUGUAUAGAGUGUAUACCACCAAAUCAAAGCCCAUAGACGACAAUAGUAAUAUAUGUGGCUAAAACUCCUACACCACGGAUAUAAAUAUUACCACCCCUCAUCCUUAAAUAGAAUUGAAAACAAAUGGGGUUGAAGCUGCUCAUUUCAGAGAGAACGGGUGGCGACUAUGCCUACCCUAGUUCCGCACAAAAUUUCAGCACUUUUGCAGGUAACCCAUACAUGUUUCAAGCACAAAGCUACCUGACACAGUGGUACUCGAUGAAAUAAAAUUACAUACAUUUUUUGCCGAGA